UGUGGUCAACCUUCUUCGAAGCCUAUUUGUUGCGUGUAUACUUCACUCCACCUGAGAUCGUGACACUCCCAUCGGCUCUUCGUUAUCCCUCAAAUAGAAGAAAAUCAAAAUGAGCGAUUCGCCUUUUCGAUAAACGCGCACCAACGACCACUGACGAUCAAACAUCUUUUUCACACUUUUUCCAACCUUUUUUUAUUCGCAACCCCGCUUGUACGCGAGAAAAUGAAAUCGAAGUUAAAUCAUGAAAAGUGACCAAAUCUCGACCUCCCCGACACGAAGAUUUACAAUUCAUCGAAUACCGAGCUAUGCGCCAAACGUGGAGCAGUGUCGAGGCGAGGAGGAGAGAGGAAGAGAGAACGGAAGGCCCCAGGCCUUGGGUACAACAAAUUCCCCCCGAGCUCUAGGCACUUCUAGUUUCCAUCAGCAAACCUCAACUCAUUUUCUUGUUGCUCCACACUCGAUGAACGCGGUUCCGAGUCUCGCUUCCAAUGGCAAAUUUAACAUCGAACGAUCCAUACACGUCGGGCCCGUCGUUGUCUGUUUAUUUGGCCACCGGUCGAUCGUGCUCACUAGCGUGGCACAGAAAAACCGGUGUAAUUGGAAGGCACGACCCUUUCGCCGUGUGGCUGGAACUGUGAUUAUAACAGUUGGAUUCCACGGAAUAGGAGAUAAGUGGAUUUUGAGGAACAACCAAUUUGCGAGAAAAAUGCCAGCGCUUCAACUGUUCGGAAGGAAAUGGCUAGCAGCCUCCGACGAUCUAGUCUACCCAGGCCUCUUCGAGAUUUUCAUAAGAGUUCUCUGGCUCGUUCUUGUGGGGAUUUCAUGCUUGAGGUUCUACGACGAGACGUGGAAAUGUCGGACAGGAGGCGAACUCGUGAGGGUGUUCCUCGCCGGUGAAAUGGUUAUCCUUGGCGUUGUGACCAUUCUUGUAUUCGUCAUCGUAAAUCACAGUGCGAGAGGAUCGAUUACCGAUACCCACGCGAGAAGAUUCGUUCAACCGCUUCUAACUAUCAAAAUAUUGCUGCUCCUGCCGGAAAUAGUAUGGAACAUUCUCGGAACAUUGUGGGUAUUAAGCGAUCACGUGGAUUGCAAAAACGAGAAUUACACGCUGACGGUGGUGGAGGCACUGGUAUUUUUCGACUGGGUAUUAAUCGGCCUCGCUAUUCUGGGUCUCGCGCUUGUGUUCGACCCCCUCGGUUCCCUCGGCUUGCCGGACAAAGUGCUCGAGGACUCGAUCGAGCACGGCAAGGUUUCGAGAAUUUGGUUGAGAAGAUUCAAGUUUUUGUGGUGGAUGAGACGAGACGAGAGCGCUAACGAUACGUUCCAACAUGUUGCUGGACUACUGAGCGCCCUAUUCCGAGGCACGGACUUGGUACCCUCGGACGUGAUGGCCGGCUGCGUUUUACUCCGAGUUCGUCAGAAGCGCGAAACGCUUGAGCUAAGGCGCCUCAACAUAUUGAAGCGUCCUGAAUACACGAUCGACAGCGCAAACAUUUUUGCCGGUGCCCCGAAUUGGAUGUCGCUGGAACGCGCCCACCAUUACUUGAAGUUAGCUAUAGCAUCGUACGGAUGGUUGUACGUCGUCUACCAGCACGCCUGUACCGGAUGCUUCAGACUCGCUAGAGGGAUGACGUGCUGCGCCUGUUUCAGGAGAGAGCGCACCAACGUUUUGGACGACAAUUGCUGUCUUUGCAGCAUGGCCGGGGUCAAAUAUCUCUCGAAACUUCCCGAGGAAAACAUACUCUUUGCCUCCUUCAGGAAUCACCUGUGCGAAAUACCAUUUUGUGUGAUAGCCGACCACAAGACCUCGUCGAUCGUUAUCGCGAUCAGAGGAUCGCUCUCAGUGCGGGAUUUGAUAACGGACAUAGCAGCCGCUUCCGAGUCUUUCCACCCGGAGGGUCUUCCUCCGGAUAGCAUGGCUCACAAGGGUAUGAUCGUCGGUGCAAAAGUCCUCCUCAAACAGUUGGAGCAAUACAAAAUACUGGAAAACGCGUUUGCUACGUACCCUCACUACAGUUUGGUUUUGACAGGACAUAGCUUGGGUGCCGGACUGGCCGUGCUACUGGCGCUGCUUAUCAGGCCUCGUUACCCCCACCUGAAGGUUUAUGCUUUCUCAACGCCAGCUGGUUUACUCAGCAGAGAAGCUGCCAGGGUGACGGAGGAGUUUGUGCUGACCGUAGGACUGGGCGAUGACUUGGUCAUGAGGCUCAGUGUCGACAGCAUCGAGAACUUCCGAACGUCGCUUCUCAUAACCCUGCAAGCUUGUCGUUUACCAAAAUACAGAGUCGUUUUGAAUGGAUUUGGUUACAUACUGUUCGGCGUACCUGAUCGAGACCUCAACAGAACGUGGAGGAAUGGUAAUACCAUCAACUCCAUACCUGGCCAAUUACCUUUGCUCUCCGAAUUACCAACGACGCGUCAAGCGGAAACAAUGGUAUUCGAACGAGACGUGACCAGAAGACGUUACUCCAAGGUCAGAUUGUACAAUGCCGGUCGAAUACUCCAUCUGGCUCGAUGUAAACCGUCACAGCCGGACAAAAGCAAAAAAGUGAGCAAAAAAGAGAGACAGUACGAAAUGCGAUGGGCCGAAGCGGAAGACUUCAUGGAACUUUCUGUUAUGCCACGAAUGCUGCUCGACCAUUUGCCAGAAAAUUUGGAAUUCGCUUUAGCAACGUUGCUACGACAGCAGGAAGAACUUCCGGUUUAUAUAGAUUCCUCGUAACCCAAAGAAUCAAAGCUCCGAUUGGAAAAUACAAAGAAAUACGUGCGCGCGAAGGUGACACUUUGUUGAUACCCAUUGGGGCAAACGUACUCUGUAAUCUCUCUUCUUAAUCUUAAGGUAAUCUGCAUUUACGCGACAGUGUCACUACCUUGAGCAAGCAUGCAUUUUUAUCUGCUGCUGUUACCACGCACGGUUUAUUAUUUAUGCAAAAAAAAUACUUAAAUUAUGUUCAUUAUUAUUAGUGAGCGAAGAAAGUACGAAUAAAGUUUUCUACGUUUUUUUUUAUAGCAGCUUUCAAUUUUUCGGCACUUUCAUAACGACACGACGAAGAUCAUGUUUUGUUACCGAACGUGCUGUUUCGAUGGAAAUAUUAUUGCGAACGAAUUCGCGCACUUGCUGAAUUCAAUUCAAUACUUUUCAUAAACGUGCGGUGCGACAUCGAUUUUUUCAUUUAGUUUUAGGGAUGAGAUUAAACAGAUUUAAAAAUGUAAAAAAAGCUCAAUCUCCGGCACGCAAUAUAAUUGGUCGCCAAAGACGAAACAAAAAAUUCAGUAAAAGGAUUUAAACACUUAAACUUUGCCGUACAUAAUUAUUGAGAAUAAAAAAAGAAUGUAAACUAUGAGGAUACGAGCAGAUAUCUGAAAAUACGUUUGCCGUAAAACCCGCUGCUCGUAGGAACACUCGCGUGCUUUAUCGCACGAGUGCUGGAUGUAUGCAACUUUUCGAAAUGUGCGUUUUUUCUCCCGCUUUUGUACUCGUAACGUACAGGAGAAUAUUUUCUUAGUAAAUCAAACUGACAAUGUUAUAUGUCUUAUGUAUUUUUUUUACUCCUGACUGCCCGAGAACAAAAAGACGGGAACCAUGCGUAUUAUUGUACAUAAAGUUCAUAGCACAAACCUGUAAUAUCAGCGGUUUUCAAUAAAGACCAAAAAUCUUACAGGCUUGACCAA